GCCUAUUCCAUUAUCAUGCCAUCCUCUAGCUUUUCCUGCAGGUUCAACACUCCUCCUUUCCUCCGUCAGCCUUGUUCAUAAUGAGUGUUGGCUUGAGCCGCAGGCGUCGGCCGCCACCCCUUCAUCUUCCCAGCAUCGAGAGAAGACGGAAGGACGAUGAAGAUGAACUUACGCCACUGCCGAAAUCACCGCUCUUCCCGACGAAGCCAGACGCUGUGCGUCCCACAUCCCAACAAGCACUUGAACCGAGCGUGGUCGUAUCAACGCAGAGUAGCUCGCAGGCGCUGCCCUCCAGCGCUGCUGCAACAUCGAAUCCAAGCCCCGACCGGGCUACGUCUGUCCGGCGAUUGACGACGGUACUUCAACUGUCAACGGAACCCUCCACCACACACAGAUCUCCAACGAGGACGACUUUCGUGACGGUCACGCAGUCACUCAAAUCCCCAAAGGAGAAGGGAGAGACACCGGAACCUACCCGCACCGUCUUUAUUUCGGCUCCUCCACAGGUGGUAACCGUAACUGCUCAGCCAGGUAUACCAGCGCCAGCCGUGGAGACUCUGGCGCCUCCGAAGACACAGUCACAAGGAUCAAGUCCCCUCGCUCCCGGCGCGAAGAUACCAAUCAUCGUCCUCGGUGUCCUCGGUGGAGUGGCGAUGUUUUUUACAGUCGCAGUCAUCCUGUGGAGGAGGAAGAAAAAGAAGGGAGAAAAAGAAGUUUCGGAGCAGCGUACAAUGGCAGAGGCAGAUGAUGGCGGCUUUAGAGCAAUCCCCGACACACGGCCGAUCCUGUCGUAG